AUGAACAAAAAAGGCUUCAAAUCGCAGGCGUCCUCCAGCAGAGCUGUCUCCGGCGCAUUUGGGAGCCUCCCAGAUAGAUCUUUACAAGAUGCCAGUGCCUCUAGCUUUGGUGGUGUUGCCCAAUCUGUCCUAUCUCAUGUCUACGAGCCCCCAGACCUCAAUGCAAUCUCUGAUCCAAAUCUGGUGGUUGCAUUCAAGAAUUUGCAGAAGAAAGACAGCACUACCAAGGCCAAGGCUCUGGAAGAGAUACAGCAAUAUAUUCAAAUGCCGCAAGAUCAUGAACUUGGGUAUGAGGAGGCAAUCCUAGAGGCCUGGAUAAAGGUGUAUCCCCGCACUUCUAUAGAAAACUCCCGCCGAGUCCGACUACUGGCUCAUACUGUUCAAGGAUAUAUUGCUAUAUCAUAUGGUAAGCGUAUCGCCCGACAUUUGUCGCAGCUUGUCGGCCCCUGGUUGGCAGGUAUCUACGACAAUGACAAGUCUGUCAGUCGAGCCGCCCAGGAUUCAUUCAAGCAUGUAUUCCCUUCCGAGGAGAAGUAUCUCAGCAUUUGGAGGCUCUAUCAAGUAGAUAUUGCUACGUACACUAGUAAUAUAAUCAUGAAUGAAUCACCAAAUACGCUGAGCGAUGAGCGAACGACAACAUCUGACGACGCUAUGUCAAAAUAUACCAGGGCCCUCGGAGCAGUUAUUGCCAUGCUGAUGACUUUAAUUGAGACUCUGCCUGAUGCCGAUACUGCGAAGAGCAAUCUCGAAAUCAACGCGAUCCUCAAUAGUCCUGAACUCUGGAAACUUGCAUCAUUCUCUGACCCCUUCGUGCGCCGCUCAAUCUACAAAUUGUUAAUUACAUGUCUUGACCGGCGAAAAGAAGCUCUCGAUCCUCGAGUACUGAGUUCGAAUGUUUUGACUUCCGCAUUACAUAGCGAUCAGACUGGAUCUGCUUACGACUAUGCCAAUAGUUUAGUCCAACUUUCAUUGAAAGCCCCAUCUGUGUGGACAGAUAACUAUAGUGGAACAGCCAAGAAGUCUGCCAAAAACCGGCUUUCAUACUUCCUACGUAAAGGAUCUCGAGGUGGAUCUCCGGGCUUCUGGAGGUUUAUCGAGGAGCUUGUAAAGCACCUGCCGAAUGAGCUCUUACAGGAGAGAACUCAUCCUGACCUUCCAGAAGACACGAAAGACCAGGCCGCCUCGCAUUUCGUUAUCCUAGACGCACUGCACGAGGGUGUCAUUAAUCGGGAUGAGCAACGUUUAAAUUCUGAUGCAGCGUGGGCGGCAUACCUGGCUGCAUCGCAGCGUAUUUCCAUCUCGCUGGAUGAUAGUAGCAGCCCAUCUUUCGUCGAGUCGUAUCUUGCUCCACUACUCGCGCACUACAUUAAACCUUCGGCAGGCCUGGGCUCCUGGUCAAUGACUGGGUCGCAGCCUCAACAGCUGUGUCUUGAGGCUUGCUUAUUGAUCCUGGAAAAAGACGAGAGUCUACUCGUAAAGCAGCUGGAAACCAUAUCUUCACAGAUUAUAGAGGAUCUCAAAGUGUCCCAUCCCGAGCAAUCAAAGGAUUAUACAAAGUCUCAAGAUUCGCUUGCCAAUGAAACUUCCCGUUGGUAUACUCUCAUGUCUUUGCUCACUCAAGAAGUAAAAUUUUCUGCUAAGCUUAGCACAUCUGAAUGUUUGCAAUCUUGUUUGCAGUCUGAACUCGGAGCAGCAGUCUCAGUCCUACGUAACAGGAAUGGGAAGCCUUAUGGCGCCGCAUCUACGAUUGUCUCUGCUCUUCACCUUUUAUCAACAAUGAUCGCUUCAAAUAAAUCAAUUAGGAGUCUUCUCGAGCAUUUUGGUAAUGUGGAUGUUCCCUCCCUGACCCUCUCGCCAUCGGCAAAACAUCUAGUCCACGUUCUUGAUCUCCUACGUGACACGUGUGAUGUGGAUCUUGGAUAUCAUAGAUCCCUUGAAGCGGUCGUACAAGCACCUCAGUCGCCUCAGAAGACCGCAGCUUUGGAAUGCUUUUUGUCCUUCUCUACUAUUGCUUCAAAUGAAAUGCUGCAGUCCGUCGUUCUACAAAGCUUGCAGCAAGCUCUCGAUCACGAUUCAGCAAGCGACUGGACCUUGGUCACCAAAGCGUUCGCAAAUCCUGAGGCACCCAUGCACUUGACAGAUGAAAUAUUGUCAUCGCUCACACAGAGUCUUACUAUCAAUUCGCAGCAGCAGACCAGCCUACACGGGCUAGAGAUUCUCCAGAAAUCCUCUAUCGGACAUCUGAAAGCAUAUGCGACGUCACAUAAGGGAUCUGUAUUGGUUUCAAGGCUACUCUAUCUCGUCGAUACUGCAGAUGAAGCUUCGAAGAAGCGAGCAGCAGCCCUUGCUGGUGUGCUACAGUCAGCGAUACCUAUCAUUGAAGGGCGGGAUGGACUGGUAAACCCAAGUAUCAGCAUCAUUCAACGAGCCUUUGAUGAGAUCGCGGCGGACUCUUUGUCUGUAAUUUCGCUUACUGACCAGGCCCAAAAACUCUUCCAGCAUGCCUCAGCCAACCAUAAGGACGUCCUUAUUGCAGAACUUCUGCCAAGCCAGUCUCAGUGGGCCGUUGCACUUGCUCCCUUUCUUGCAGCACGUCCAAAUCCAGCCUUGAUAGCCACAGCACCUUCAGGCCUUGCCAUCGCACUGAUCAAGUCCAACGACACAAAGGACACGACUGUCGCGCGUGAUGCCCAGGGAUAUUCCCUCGCAUUUAGACUAGCCUACUACGUAGUUCAAAUGUGUCAGGCAGGCGACUUCUAUACGCAUGCAAGCGAAGAAAUCCGAAUCACCAAUGCUGCGCAUCUGGCGUUCUUUAGAGAACUUGCAAGUGUUAAUGUAACCAUUCAAGACUCUGUGCCUCUCUGGACAGCGUCUAUAGCCGAUAUGGAGCUCGCACCCAGUGGUCUCAUAUUUCAGGUUCAGGAUCUAUUAGCUGACUGGUUGGACAAAUCUUCAAAUUCAGGCAUUCAUAAAUCUGUCCAAAAGCAACUAUUCGAUGGGUCAGCUGGUAGUUCGUCGGCUUCGUACUUCUUUAGUAGAGCCUUUUCGAAUGUCUCGACCGUUGCUUUCGAUAAGCAUGGUCAAAUCGAAGACUUCCAUCGCUCUCAGAUCAAAGAUGCGUUGAAAACACAAGAUAUAUUCAAGGCUGCUGCUGCUAUUCGGUCCGCCCCGAUCAGCUCGGAUACCACACAUAUCCUCAAUGAGGUGCUCGCAAAGAUGACAGACCUCGACUUUGCUAAGGAGCAAGCCAGAGCUCUUCAGCUUGUAGUACUGCUCAAUUCGCUUCAGAACAAUGAGAUUCUCGAGAAUGGAUUGAUGAAUGACAUUCCAAAGCAGCGCCUUGUAUUUUUCGUGAAGCACGUCAUAGAGGAGCUACCAAGAGUCUCAGUUCACAUUCAGACUGGUAUCCUUCAAUGCUUACAAGAUGCUCUAGUACCAAUCUCUGAGAUAUAUGGCUCCUUUUGGGGAGACUUACUCGUUCGAAUUGGGCACCUUUUGCAAGGUACGGUAUCUGACGAGACCAUCCCUCUCGUGGCUGCCUUGCUACGGUUGCUAAGCCUGUUCCAGAAGGAAUGGGUGGAGCAAGCUAACGAUGAUCUAAUUGACGAGUGGAAUGAAAGUCGAUUGGCUCUUUCCGAUUCUAUACUGCAACUUGUUCACAAAAUGAAAGAUCUACCGGACCAUUCACAUCUAGCGAGACACAUCAUUGAUCGUAUGCUCGGUAGACAGCUGGUCUAUUUUGAGAGAGAAUUAUCCAACGAUGCAGAAAGCUUGUAUCCGGUAUUGGCAUCGGAAUCAGAGCCACUUCAGAUAGGAGCAUAUAAAAUUCUACACAAAGCAAUACCUUCCAGACAGGAGCAGAUCUCCUUAGACAAAGCGCUAGAUACGACACUUGUGGCGAAGCUACCCGACGAGCUUCUUUCGUUGGUGUUAGCUGUCCCUGACCCAGACGAGCUUGCUGCAGCAGAUCUCAAGCGUGCACUCCCAUCGUCAUGGUGGGGUUUUCUAUUAAGCUGGAAAUUGAUCUUCGACCAUUGGACUACGGCUAGCAACGCCUUACAAUCAGACUACGUUAAGAAUCUACAAGAGGGUCAAUACGUGCAAGACUUGCUAAGCGUUGCUGUCGAUGUUUUGAUUUCCUCUCGCCAUAAGCCGAUCGACGGUUCAAAACACAGGUUCGGGGAAUAUGACCCAGACCACAUGUUUUUCGAUAGAGAAGCCGAUCUUCAUUGGCUUUUGAUCCACCUAUACUACUUAUCCCUCGUCCAUCUACCCUCUCUCGCGAAAGCCUGGUGGCGGGACAACACUACACGCCAAACCAACCUCGCCGUGCAAACCUGGACCGAGAAACACAUCUCCCCUCAAAUCAUUUCUUUGGAGCUAUCCGCUGUCAAAGAAUGGGCCUCACAGCAAGAGGAUACUACGGAUACUUCCCUCACUGUCAAGGUCUCCCACCCGACGCGCGAGAUUACUGCUGCGGUCCCUGUCGAUGAUAGAAUUUCCUCUAUCUCCGUCCGUCUACCAACGUCCUACCCACUCGCUCGUGCCGAGGUUUCCGGUGUCCAACGUGUCGGCGUUGCAGAGAACAAAUGGCAGUCUUGGAUACGCAAUGCGCAGGGCCAGCUCACUAUUUCAGAUGGCGGCAGCAACGCGCUAAUAGAUUGUCUAUUGGCAUGGAGGCGAAACGUGACUGCAGCAAUGAAGGGUCAGACGGAGUGUUCGAUCUGUUACUCGGUUGUAGGUAGUGACAAGACGCUACCGAAGAAGGAGUGUCCGACGUGUAAGAAUCGCUUCCAUGCUGGAUGUCUGUUCCGAUGGUUCAAGAGCAGCAAUUCGAGCAGCUGCCCGCUUUGCCGGAAUACGUUUGCUUAUUCAUAG